AAGCGUCAAAUACGUUCCAUUAUAUUCUUUUGCCAUAACUAUAAAAAUCCAUAAAGAUUUGAACUUUUUCAAGAUUUAGGGCUUAAUUUCAUCUGGGUAUCCAUUAAUCUCAAAACCCCAAUUGUAUUUUCUUCUGGGUUUUAAAAGGUUUUUUUUUUUUUUUUAUUAUUAUUAUCUUUUUGAUUUUUUGGGGGGGUUUUGGAGUAUGACGGUUGGGGAGCCAAGGAAUGGUAGGGAUGUCAUGUACGACGCCGUUUCUGGUGCUUCUGCAGGUGCUAUUGCCGCAACAAUUAUGAGCCCGCUAGAUGUGAUUAAGACGAGGUUGCAGGUUUAUGGCCUCCCUGAGGGACCAAGAAAUAAAGGUAGCGUCAUUGUCACAAGCCUACAAACCAUUAUUAAAAAGGAGGGGCCGAGGGGAUUAUAUCGGGGUCUUUCACCGACAGUAGCUGCACUACUUCCAAACUGGGCGGUUUAUUUCGCCGUUUACGGGGAACUCAAAGAGCUUCUUGAUUCACAUGUAGACAAAAGUGGACAUCUUUCUUUUGGGGCAAACAUGAUAGCUGCUUCUGGUGCGGGAGCCGCCACUGCAAUUACCACAAAUCCGUUGUGGGUUGUUAAGACAAGGCUGCAAACACAAGGAAUGAGAGAGGGUGUGAUACCUUAUACAAGCAUAUCUUCGGCGUUGAGGCGUAUCAUUCGAGAGGAAGGCUAUAGAGGGUUGUACAGUGGACUCCUACCUUCUCUUGCUGGAAUUAGUCAUGUUGCUAUACAGUUUCCUGCCUAUGAGAAGAUUAAAAAUUACUUGGCUGACAGGGAUCAUACAAGUACUAACGAUUUAAGUCCCGGGAAACUUGCAAUUGCCUCCUCAAUGUCUAAAGUCCUUGCUUCAUUAUCGACAUACCCGCACGAGGUGAUUCGCUCAAGACUUCAAGAACAAGGGCAUGUGAAAAACCCUGAAACGCAUUAUGCCGGUGUUAUUGAUUGUGUAAAGAAAGUUUUCCGGAAAGAUGGGGUGGCUGGUUUCUAUAGGGGUUGUGGAACUAAUCUCUUGAGAACUACACCAUCUGCCGUCAUUACUUUUACAAGUUAUGAGAUGAUUAAUAGAUUCUUGCAGCAUGUUUUACCUCCGCACAACACCCCUAAAAAACCAGAUAACGGUCAGAUGAAACCACCUCGAGAAGUGACAUCAAAUGAUAUCAACGACGUUAAGACAUCCAAUAUGAGAUCUAAUCAUGCUACAAGAACGCUUUGAGAAUGAUCUCAUGUGAUGGAUGUUAUAAUAAUGUCAAUGGAAGCAAUUUGAUGAUGAUGAUGAUGAUGAUGAAUAAUUGUAGGUGACACCAUUUACUUCUCAUAGUUUUGUCCUUUUUGUUCAAAAUAAAAGUAGUUUCUAUACAUUUCUUGUUGGUUGGAUUUUAUUGGUUGGUUUAGGAAGAGUUUAGUUCAGGUUAGCCUAGUGUUUUUUUCCCCCUGGAGGAAUGGCUGAUUACAGAAAAUUAUACAAAUGUUAUAGCAUGAUGAAGAAGCUAACUCAUACACCUUCUGUUGUUCUGGAUUUGUAAUUUUUCUGUUGGAUAAGUGUUCAUCUAUGUUUGUCUUUUUGGUAUCAAAA